CCUGGAUCUGAUUAGCUGGGGGGGGGAAGCCGUGGUCCCGACCGCUCGCUCCUGUCUCCCGAGCUCCUCGAGGCAAGGAGGAGACAGGGAGGAGGGACGGCACAGAGGAAGAGCGGGGGUCCCAUCACUCGCACCCCGGUCGAGGCCGUCUGCCGGCGGCUCUCGGCUCGCGCUCGCCCGGGGCCCAGCCAUGGGGCCCCCUUCCAGCUCCGGCUUCUACGUGAGCCGCGCGGUGGCCCUGCUGCUGGCGGGGCUGGCGGCCGCGCUCCUGCUGGCGCUGCUGGUGCUCGCCGCCCUGUACGGCCGCUGCGCGCGCGUCCCGCCGUCGGAGCUCCGCCACCGCGGGCGCCCGGACGCCGCGCCCUCCCCGACCCGCUCGCCGGGGCAGCCUCUGCCCACCGGGCAGACCCGCCCCAGUCGUGAGCCCGCGGGGACGGCCGCCCCGGGCACCUGGCGACCCCCGGGGCCCUGGGACCAGCUGCGCCUGCCGCCCUGGCUCGUGCCGCUGCACUACGAGCUGGAGCUGUGGCCCCGGCUGCGGCCAAACGAGUCCUGGGCUUCGACGUUGACCUUCACCGGCCGCGUGAACAUCACGGUGCGCUGCACGGUGGCCACCGCGCGGCUGCUGCUGCACAGCCUCUUCCUGGACUGUGAGAGGGCGGAGGUGCGGGGUCCUCUCCCCUCCGGCGCGGAGGACCGCACGGUGGGCCGCGUGCCCGUGGACGACGUGUGGUUCGCCUCGGACAUGCAGUACAUGGUGCUGGAGCUCGGCGGGACCCUGCAGCCCGGGAGCCGCUAUGAGCUGCAGCUCAGCUUCUCUAGCCUGGUGUACCAGGACCUCAGGGAGGGACUCUUCUUCAACGUCUACACGGACCAGGGCGAGCGCAGGGCCCUGUUAGCAUCUCAGAUGGAACCAACAUUUGCCAGAAGUGUUUUUCCUUGUUUUGAUGAGCCAGCUCUAAAGGCAACUUUUAAUAUUACAAUUAUUCAUCACCCAAGCUAUGUGGCCCUUUCUAAUAUGCCAAAACUAGGUCAGUCUACCAAGAGAGAUGUGAAUGGAAGCAUGUGGACCAUUACCACCUUUUCCACCACGCCCCCCAUGCCAACUUACUUAGUGGCGUUUGCCAUAUGCGACUAUGAUCAUGUCGACAGAACCGAAAGGGGCAAGCAGAUACGCAUCUGGGCCCGGAAAGACGCCAUCACAAACGGAAAUGCAGACUUUGCUUUGAACAUCACAGGUCCCAUCUUCUCUUUUCUGGAAGAUUUAUUUAAUAUCAGUUACCCUCUUCCUAAAACAGAUAUAAUUGCCUUGCCUACUUUUGACAACAGUGCCAUGGAAAAUUGGGGACUAUUGAUAUUUGAUGAGUCAUUAUUGUUGAUGCAACCAAAUGAUCAAGUAACAGACAAAAAGGCUGUGAUCUCCUUCAUUCUCUCCCACGAGAUUGGACAUCAGUGGUUUGGAAAUUUGGUUACCAUGAAUUGGUGGAACGAUAUCUGGCUCAAAGAGGGCUUUGCAUCUUAUUUUGAAUUUGGAAUAAUUAACUACUUCAAUCCUGAAUUCCCAAGAAAUGAGAUCUUUUUUUCUAACAUUUUACAUAAUGUCCUCAGUGAAGAUCACGCCCUGGUGUCUAGAGCUGUGUCCUUGAAGGUGGAAAAUUUCACAGAAACCAGUGAAAUAAAUGAGCUCUUUGACUUAUUUACUUACAACAAGGGAGCAUCUUUGGCCCGAAUGCUUUCCAGCUUCCUGAAUGAGAAUUUAUUUAUCAGUGCACUCAAGUCAUAUUUGAAGACAUUUUCUUACUCAAAUGCUGAGCAAGAUGAUCUAUGGAGGCAUUUUCAAAUGGUCAUAGAUGAUCAGAAUAAAAUUCUUUUGCCAGCAACAGUAAAAAGCAUAAUGGACAGCUGGACACACCAGAGUGGUUUUCCAGUCAUUACCUUAAAUGUGUCCACUGGCGUCAUCAAACAGGAGCCAUUUUAUCUUGGGAAAGUUAAGAACGAGACUCUCCUAACCCACAAUGACACAUGGAUUAUACCUAUUCUCUGGAUAAAAAGUGGAACUACACAGUCUCUGGUCUGGCUAGAUAAAAGCAGCAAAAUAUUCCCUGAAAUGAAAGUUUCAGCUUCGGAUCAUGACUGGGUGAUUCUAAAUUUAAAUGUGACUGGAUAUUACAGGGUUAACUAUGAUCAGUUAGGUUGGAAGAAGCUAAAUCAACAGCUUGAAAAAGAUCCUAAGAGCAUUCCUGUUAUCCACAGGCUGCAGCUGAUUGAUGAUGCCUUUUCCUUGUCUAAAAACAAUUAUAUUGAGAUUGAAACAGCACUUGAUUUAACCAAGUACCUUGCUGAAGAAGAUGAAAUCAUAGUGUGGUAUGCAGUCUUGAUGAACCUGAUAACCAAGGAUCUUGUUUUUGAUGUGAACAGCUAUGAUAUGUACCCAUUAUUAAAGAAGUAUCUAUUAAAGAGACUUAUCUCAAUAUGGAAUAUGUAUUCAACUGUGAUUCGUGAAAACAUGGCAACAUUACAAGAUGACUAUUUAGCCCUAGUAGCCCUGGAAAAACUUUUUGAAACUGCGUGCUGGUUGGGCCUUGAAGACUGUCUUCAGUUGUCAAGAGAGCUCUUCAAAAACUGGGCAAACCAUCCAGAGAAUGAAAUACCUUCUCCGAUUAAAAGUGUGAUUUUAUGUUAUGGCAUCGCCUUGGGAAGUGAUGAAGAAUGGGACUUUUUGUUAAAUAUGUACGCUAAUAAAACAAAGGAAGAAGAAAGGAUUCAACUUGCUUAUGCAAUGAGUUGCAGUAAAAACCCAUGGAUACUUAACAGAUACAUGGAGUACGCCAUUACUGCAUCUCCUUUCACUUUUAAUGAAACAAAUAUAAUUGAAGUUGUGGCAGCAUCUGAAGUUGGCCGGUACAUUGCAAAGGACUUUUUAGUCAACAAUUGGCAAGCUGUGAGUAAAAGGUAUGGAACACAAUCACUGGUUACUCUAAUGUAUAUAAUAGGGAGAACCAUAAGUACAGAUUUACAGAUCACAGAGGAGGCAAACGUGGCUCCAGGCUUAUGUCAUCCUCAGUGCCCUCAGUUGCAGAAGGAAGAGUCCUUGCUCACCCAAGUUCAAGUCCCAGCCCUGUGGAAUGACUCUGGUUGUGGUCCUACUUGGGUCACUUGUAUCACUGCGGUGGGAGUGGAUCACGUGCCCACUCUGGAGCCAGCCCCACCCAAACCACAGGCCCUGGGAUAGGGGAGGAGUAGUUUUGGAAAGAAAAAGGGGAUCCUAUAACCAGAAAGCAAGCUAAAGGGCCAAAAAAAAUAUCUAUUAAACACAACCUCUCUACACUUAGUAGCAGAUAAAAUGAGACAGAUUUACACCAACAAACACUGGCAAACACUUGAGCAACCAGAACUCUCUUUUUCUGCCGUUGGGUGAGAAGGUACAUGGUACAUGGUACAACUACUCUGGAAAAUAGACGGUGUUUUAAAAUGUUAUUUAGACACAUAUGACCUAACCAUUCUAUUUUUAGGUUUUUACUCGAGGAAUUAAAACUAUAUCCAUGCAAAGACUUGUACAUGAAGGUUCACAGCAGCUUUAUUCACAUUAGCCAAAAUCUGGAAACCAUCCAAACAUCCAUCAAUAGGUGAAUAGAUAAGGAAAAUGUUAUAAUAUAUCCACACCAGGGAAUACUAUCCCACAAUUAAAAAAAAAGAAUUUGUGUAAUAACAUGGAUAUAUCUCAAGAUGAUUAUGCUGAGAUAAAAAAAAAAAACAGAUACAUUCUAGGAAAUGCCAGAUAUCAUCUCUAGUGACAAAAGGCAGCUUGGUGAUUGCCUGGGAUAGAGGGAGAGCUGGAUUGCGAAGGAAUCUGUGGGUGGUGGAAGUGUACUUUACUGUAUCUUGACCGUGGCUAUGUGUUUCACGGGUGUAUACAGUGAUCACAAUUCACUCACUUGUACACUUCAAGAGAAUUCAGUUUUUUGUCCAUCAAUUUCAUCUCAGUUGAUUUCAGUAAAUGUUUUUGAAAAAAAAUGCAUGAGUGCAAAUUAAACAUGUGGCCCAGAACUAUAUUAAUACAAACCAGAAAGGGCCUGUGUAAAUAAGACAGGAAAAUCAAUUGCUUCUUGGCCUUUUGGCUGAGAUCAGGUGUGGUAUCUGUUGUUAACAGCUUAAUAUCUAAUACAUUCUCCAUCCAAUAAUAUAUCACAUGGCUUUUUGGAGCAGGGAGAUGGAAUAGGAGCUUGCUCCAUCCACUUCACAAAUCAACCUGGUUUAAAAAAAAAGAAAAGGAAAGGAAAAUCAACUCCUCUGCCCCAGCAAAUAAAACAAAAAACAUGUAGGUCACAGAGUCCUGAAGUUUGAUCCUGAGCCAAAAUAAAAAAGAGAGAAGCAGUCAGCUAUGUAGUUAUUAUUAUGAGAGAGGAAGAAUCAGUAAUUCCUAAAGGAAUUAUCUCUGUGUGGGUUUUGGCCUGCUUGAGAUUGAGCUUCAGGGACCUGAUUUAUCAGGGAUUCCGUGGACAGGAGAGUGAAGGGCAUACCCAAACAUGCCCGAAGGAAGGAAAGCUCCAGAACAGAGGCUGAGUUUGUGUUGGCAUCUCCUGAAGAGCAUCAGGUCAUCUCUGUGUCUACAGAACCUGGUGAGGUGUUUUUGCUGUUUAAUGAAUGAACGAGGUGCAUAAAAAUUUAGCAGUCCCCAAAGUUCCAAAAAACUCUAUAAUCACUGAUAGUUUCUUUUUAAAAAAAUAAUGUAAAAAUAUGUUUAGCAGUGGUAGCAUUUUUGCCAUUUUGAAAACAAGUAAAUUAGCUACUAUGAAUAUCCUUGUCAAAAACUUUUUAAUCACCAAGAAUCCUGCCAUGAUCUAUAUGUUCACGUGAUCAUAUCGAAAAUAAUUAUUAAAAAGAAAAUGAAAAGUUACAUUAGUCCUUUCUGCCUCUAGAGCAGCACGGAGACUAUACACUCUCUGCAGCUCUUGCUUGGGUCUGCAUACUCACCGGGCUGGAGCCUGGCCUCACGCUCUCCAGCACACGCAAAGCCCCACCGACCAUCCCACAAACCCCAAAUCCCCUCCCACACACCUGCACUGUAGAGGGCUGUGGGUGGGAGGUUCCCACUGCAGGCAGAUGUGGGCAGGUGUGGGAGAGGGCUGGAGACUGGUUCCUGGUUCCUUAGCCUACUCUGUCCUGGAAACUUACUUUUCUUUUACAUGGUAAUUAGGUUAGAUGGCCCUAUUACUUCUCAAUUUCAAGUACAUUAGGGUUUAAGUGACAUUUUGUGAGCUGGUAUAGGUACACUGUCAUCUCAUGUUCUAAAUUCUAAUCCAGGAAAAUUGUGGUUUCCUCAAAAAGUUAAAAAUAAAACUCCCUUAUGGUCCAGCCAUUGCACUACUAGACAUUUACCCAAAGGAUAAAAAAAAUACAGAUCCAAAGGGUACAUGCACCCCAAUGUUUAUAACAGCAUUAUUAACAAUAGCCAAACUGUGGGAAGAGCCCAAAUGUCCACUGACUGAUGAAUGGAUAAAAGAGGUGGUGUGUGUGUGUGUGUGUGUGUGUGUGUGUGUGAUGGAAUAUUACUCAGCCAUCAAAAAGAAUGAAAUCUUGCCAUUUGCGACCGCAUGAAUGGAGCCAGAGUGGAUUAUGCUAAGCGAAAUAAGUUAGAGAACAACACAUAUGGUAUGAUUUCACUCAUGUGGACUUUAAGAAAGAAAACAGAUGAACAUAUGGUAAGGAAAAAAAGAGAGAGGAAAGUAAAUCAUGAGAGACUCUUAACAAUAGAGAACAAACUGAGGGUUGAUGGCGGGAGGUGUGGGGGGGAUGGGCUAAAUG